GCGGGGGGCGUGUCCUUCCUAUCCCGGGCUCAUCCGCUGCCUCCAAGGCAGGGAUCCCAGUCUGUGAGGAGAUGUGGGUGUGGGCGCUGCUGCUCUUUGGGGCGGCCGUGGGCCUGUCUGCGGGGAUCCCUCCGCACGAGGAGGCGGCGCGGGUGGCGCGCUUCGUGGCCCACUCGUGCGACUGGGCCGCGCUGGCCACGCUCUCGGCGCAGGAGCCCCCCAUGCGGGGCCAGCCCUUCGCCAACGUCUUCUCGGUCAGCGACGGGCCGAAGGGGUCCCGGGGAAGCGGGGUGCCCUACAUGUACCUGACGACGCUGGAGGUCUCUGUGCAGGACUUGCAGGUGAAUGCAAAUGCCUCCCUAACCAUGUCCUUAGCGCAGACGUCUUACUGCAAGAGAAAAGGUUAUGAUCCUCAGAGUCCCUUAUGUGCCCAUGUGAUCUUUUCUGGGUUUGUUGAAAAGGUUCCAAAUGGCACAGAAGCAGACUUUGCCAAGACAGCGUUGUUCAGCCGACAUCCUGAAAUGGCUUCUUGGCCACGAGAUCAUGACUGGUUCUUUGCAAAGUUGAACAUCUCCAAUGUCUGGGUCUUGGACUACUUUGGUGGAAUCAAGACUGUGACCCCAGAAGAAUAUUUUAACGCUGUGCCCUAG